AUGGACCUCGUUGAGAAAACGAAUAAUAUUUCAAUUAACGAAACAACAGCACAGUUAAAAAGAAUGGAUUAUAUUGAUUGGAAGGAAUACUUCAUGGCAACAGCAUUCUUAGCAGCCAAACGAAGUAAGGACCCAUGCUAUCAAGUUGGAGCAUGUGUUGUUAACAAAGAAAAUAAGAUUGUGGGAAUCGGAUACAACGGUAUGCCUACAGGGUGCAGUGAUGAUGAAUUUCCUUGGGGAAAAAAUACACCAUCACCUUUAGAUAGCAAAUUUUUAUAUGAGGUUGUGUACCUCUCUGACAAAAAUGCACACAAACCAACAUAUAUAGCAUCUAAAAUAAUGUUUGAUGCUGCUGGAGUUAUGUAUUGGCAAUUUAAACCAAAGAAUGAAAAAAUUGUAAUCAACUUCACCGGUAUAGACUGGGAAAAUAUGAGUCCAUCGAAA